AUUUAAAAGGAGAAUAAUGGAUGUCUCUUCCUGUCUGUACUUCCUGUGUUUUCCAGAUAAUGAUGAGCCGUUACUCAGCGGCUCAGGUGACGUCUCCAAGGAGUGUGCAGAGAAAAUACUGGAGACCUGGGGGGACUUGUUAACAAAGUGGCAUUUGAACUUAUCAGUGCGUCCCAGGCAGCUGCCAGCUUUGGUGCGGAGCGGCAUCCCUGAGGCGCUCCGUGGGGAGGUGUGGCAGCUCCUGGCAGGCUGCCAUAAUAAUGACCACCAGGUUGAAGAGUACCGCACUCUCAUCACAAAGGAGUCCCCCCAGGACAGUGCCAUCACCAGGGACAUCAACAGGACAUUCCCAGCUCACGACUACUUCAAAGACACUGGAGGAGAUGGACAAGACUCCCUCUACAAGAUCUGCAAGGCUUACUCUGUGUACGACGAGGAAAUCGGCUACUGCCAGGGACAGUCCUUCCUGGCUGCUGUGCUGCUGCUGCACAUGCCAGAGGAGCAAGCGUUCAGUGUGCUGGUCAAGAUCAUGUUUGACUACGGGCUCAGGGACCUUUUCAAACAGAACUUUGAAGAUCUGCAUUGCAAGUUCUUCCAGCUUGAGAGACUCAUGCAGGAAUAUUUACCAGACCUGUACAACCACUUCCUGAAUGUGGGUCUGGAGGCUCACAUGUACGCCUCUCAGUGGUUCCUCACCCUCUUCACAGCCAAGUUCCCUCUUUACAUGGUCUUCCAUAUCAUCGACCUGCUACUGUGUGAGGGCAUCAGUGUGAUCUUUAAUGUAGCCUUGGCACUUCUGAAGACAUCUAAAGACGAUCUGAUCCAAACAGACUUCGAGGGUGCACUCAAAUUCUUUCGUGUCCCAGUUCCGAAGAGAUAUCGCUCUGAGGAAAACGCGAAGAAGCUGAUGGAGCUGGCCUGUGGCAUGAAGGUGAGUUAAGAGU